GGAAGAUUCGGUUGCAAAUGCAAUUGCAGCGAGCAGGGGGACUAGGGAGUAGGGAGCAAUCGUGGAGAGAGGGCAUGACGAUAGACGACAACAGCUCGAUAUACGUCGGCGGUCUCCCGUACGACAUCACCGAGGAUGGGCUUCGAAGGGUGUUCUACAUCUACGGCGCUGUUGUCGCUGUCAAGAUAAUCAAUGACCGUGCAGUGGGAGGGAAAUGUUAUGGAUUUGUUACUUUUGCUAAUCCUCGCUCGGCAACACAAGCAAUCAAUGAAAUGGAUGGCAAGGCUAUUGAUGGACGGGUUGUCAAGGUGAAUGAAGUUAGGAGUCGUGGUGGGAGAUCAAACUUUAACCAUGAUAGUUCGCGAUAUGAUUUGGAGAGAAGUAUCGAUGAUGAUGAUGAUGUGGGUAGAGAUCGUGGAAGAGAUUAUAAUUAUGACAGGCCACGUCAUAAUGAGGGGCAUCGAGAAAGAUGGCAAGGAUAUGACCAAAGUCGGGAGAGAGGUCAUGACCGUAUGCGUGGUUACAAUCGUACAGGAAAUCGAUAUGUGGAUGAAGAUAGAUAUCAGGAUUAUGAUAGGAAUGUUGAUGAUACUGAGCCUCUGAUUGGAAGAAAGCGUGAACGUGAUUGGGCAAGAGAGAGUGAUAAAAAUAACGAGCAGCAGAGGAACAUUCAUCAUAAAAGUGGGGACAAGGAUAAACAACAGCCUCGCUUGCUGAAUAGGUCUAGAUUUGAUGAGCCUGGGAGUAGAGAGCUUUCUUUGGAAUCAUUUGAUGAUGAGGAGGAUCAGGGUGAAAGCAAAUUAGCAGUUUCAACCCAAAAGCUUGAAGAGAUUCGUAAGGAGAUCACUCGGAUGGAAGAAAUGGCUGCAGACAAACAAGAAGUUGUUUCCAGUUUACAGGAGAAAUGCCAGAAAUUGGAGGACUCAUUAAUUCAAGCUAAAAAGCUUACUUCGCACUGUCACCUGCAAUUAUCCAAGUUGCAUAAAUGUUACAUUCAAAUGAGGGACUACGACGAGAAAAUGAAGAAAACUGAACAAGAACUCCAGUGGCUGGUAGAUUCGAGCUCGAUGGACCUGUUGAAUGAUGGAGGCGUCAUUGGAGAUGGAAGGGCUUGAUUAAUGAUCUGUAGAACAGUAUUUUCAAGUAUUGUUGAUACGGUUUGUGUUGAUACAUGCACAAUGUUUUAUAACUUUAUGCAUGUUUCUGUUUAGGAUAAA